UCCAAAAUUGCCAUGUAAAAAUCCCCUAAUUUGCCAAAAUCAACGGAAGACCCUGCCCAGAAGAAGAAGAAACAAAAAAAGUCAGAAAAAUUGAAAAGAGUAGUUUCCCAGUGAGAGAAAAGAGAGAUCGACACGCACAGUUAUCGAAGACUUUUUAGAGAGAGAGAGAGACAGUGCGUGUUUCGAGUUGUUUGCAGUAAUGGCGGAGUUGCAGAAGGAGAGCGAAGAUGCAGAGAGAGUGAAGUUAUUCGUAGGUCAAGUACCGAAACACAUGACAGAACCACAACUACUCGACUUCUUUAAAGACUUUGCUAUCGUUGACGAAGUCAACCUCAUCAAAGACAAAACUACUCGUGCUUCUCGAGGAUGUUGUUUUGUGAUCUGUCCAUCUAGAGAAGAAGCGGAUAAGGCUGUUAAUGCAUGUCACAACAAGAUGACGCUUGCCGGUGCUUCCAGUCCGCUGCAAGUGAAGUAUGCUGAUGGCGAAUUGGAAAGACUAGAGCACAAGCUUUUUGUUGGUAUGCUUCCAAAGAAUGUUUCUGACCCUGAAGUAUCUGCGUUGUUCUCCCAAUAUGGAGUCAUUAAAGAUUUGCAGAUUCUCAGAGGUUCUCAGCAAACUAGUAAAGGAUGUGCUUUUUUGAAGUAUGAGAAAAAAGAACAAGCAGUUGCAGCAAUAGAGGCCCUCAAUGGAAAGCAUAAGAUGGAGGGUGCUACUGUCCCUUUGGUAGUCAAAUGGGCAGAUACUGAAAAGGAAAGGCAAGCCCGGAGGGCUCAGAAAUCUCUAUCUCAAGCUUCUGACUCUAGACAGCAUCCUUCUUUGUUUGGAGCCCUACCAAUGGGUUACAUGCCACCAUACAAUGGCUACGGUUAUCAGACUCCUGCUGCAUAUGGGCUCAUGCAGUAUCGCCUACCAUCAAUGCAGAAUCAGCCCGGAUUUCAGAAUAUAGUUCCACCAAUAAACCAAGCAAGUUCUCUACGUGGAAGUGCACCAGAUCUUUCACCUGGAAUUAGCCCAAGAAAUUAUGCCAUGUCACCUGGAAGUUAUGUUGGAUCCGCUUACCCUGCUGUUCCAGGGAUUCAGUAUCCAAUGCCAUAUACUGGAGGCGUUAUGAAUACCAGACCACCAAGUGGUUCUUCCGGUUCGACCCCCCCUAGUACUGUAAACAGUCAUUCUGCAGCAUCUUCAAGUGUCGGUUCAAGUACAGGGGGCCAGGUUGAAGGUCCACCUGGUGCUAAUCUAUUUAUUUACCAUAUUCCUCAAGAAUUUGGUGAUCAAGAGCUAGCAAAUGAAUUUCAGCCUUUUGGUAGGGUCUUGAGUGCCAAGGUGUUUGUUGACAAAGCUACUGGUGUUAGCAAAUGUUUUGGAUUUGUAAGCUAUGAUUCUCCAGCAGCUGCACAAACUGCAAUCAAUAGGAUGAAUGGUCGCCAAUUAGGUAGUAAGAAGUUGAAGGUUCAGCUUAAAAGGGACAACAAACAGAAUAAACAUUAUUGAUAUCAAAGGUGAGGUACUGAAGGAAAUCGUCACACGCAAGAUACUCGGGAGUUACUAUAUUGGCAGCUAUUGCCGAGCACAUCUGAAAGUUGAGCAGCAACAUGUCAACUCAAUGCUAAUUGUAGUUCCCUUAUGGAUUAAACUCCCAGAAACUUGUAAUUCUAGAUUAAUUCUUCUGCCACUGUAAUUUGUAAUUUGUGUAACAUGGAGUAACGUUUAGACAUUGAUUAUUUUAUUGAUUCUUCUCAAUUGACUUGAUUGCCAUUAAGUGAAUGAAUCUCCUCUUUUUGUCGUUUC